AGAAACCCGGGUUGGGCCAGGGGGUGGCUAGAGCGGUGGCGGCGGCAUCCGGAGUAGCACUGAGAUCUUCCGGUGGCGGGAACUGCGGUCAUGGAUCAUAUUACGGUACCCAAGGUAGAAAAUGUGAAAUUGGUGGAUCGUUAUGUGAGUAAGAAACCAGCUAAUGGGAUUCUUUAUCUUACUGCAACCCACCUGAUCUAUGUGGAGGCUUCUGGUGCAGCCCGGAAAGAAACAUGGAUUGCACUCCAUCACAUUGCCACCGUGGAGAAGUUACCCAUCACUAGCCUGGGCUGUCCCCUGACCCUCCGCUGCAAGAAUUUCCGGGUGGCCCACUUUGUUUUAGACUCUGACCUUGUGUGCCAUGAGGUUUAUAUUUCACUGCUCAAGCUUUCUCAGCCAGCAUUACCUGAAGAUCUUUAUGCUUUUUCUUAUAAUCCCAAAUCCUCAAAAGAGAUGAGGGAAAGUGGAUGGAAACUGAUUGAAGCAAUAUCAGACUUUGGGCGUAUGGGAAUACCCAACAGAUACUGGACCAUAACAGAUGCCAACAGAAACUAUGAGAUAUGCAGCACCUACCCUCCUGAAAUAGUGGUUCCUAAAUCUGUUACCUUGGGAACGGUGGUUGGAAGUUCAAAGUUCAGAAGUAAAGAACGUGUCCCUGUGCUCUCCUACCUCUACAAAGAGAACAAUGCUGCCAUUUGCCGCUGUAGCCAGCCUCUCUCUGGAUUUUACACUCGCUGUGUAGAUGAUGAGCUCUUGUUGGAGGCCAUUAGCCAAACAAACCCAGGGAGCCAGUUUAUGUAUGUUGUAGACACAAGACCAAAGUUGAAUGCCAUGGCCAACCGAGCAGCUGGGAAGGGAUAUGAAAAUGAAGACAACUAUGCCAACAUUCGCUUCAGAUUCAUGGGCAUUGAGAACAUCCAUGUAAUGCGGAACAGUCUGCAGAAACUCUUGGAAGUUUGUGAAUUGAAAACUCCAACAAUGAGUGAAUUUCUUAGCGGCCUGGAGAGCUCAGGGUGGUUAAGACACAUUAAAGCUAUUAUGGAUGCUGGAAUUUUCAUUACAAAGGCAGUGAAGGUAGAAAAGGCCAGUGUCUUAGUCCAUUGUUCUGAUGGGUGGGACCGCACAGCACAAGUCUGCUCGGUGGCUAGCAUCCUCCUAGAUCCAUUUUAUAGGACAUUCAAAGGACUCAUGAUCUUGAUAGAGAAGGAAUGGAUAUCCAUGGGCCACAAGUUUUCCCAAAGGUGUGGCCACCUCGAUGGGGACUCUAAAGAAGUGUCCCCUAUCUUCACCCAGUUCCUAGACUGUAUCUGGCAAUUAAUGGAACAGUUUCCCUGUGCCUUUGAGUUUAAUGAAAACUUCCUGCUAGAGAUUCAUGACCAUGUUUUCUCCUGCCAGUUUGGAAACUUCCUUGGUAACUGCCAGAAGGAUCGGGAAGAUCUAAGAGUCUAUGAGAAAACACAUUCUGUGUGGCCUUUCUUGGUUCAGAGGAAACCAGACUUCAGGAACCCUCUCUAUAAAGGCUUCACUAUGUAUGGGGUACUCAAUCCUAGUACUGUGCCCUACAACAUUAAGCAGAAACUAAAAGCCCGUGAUGAGCCACCAGAAGAGAUCUGUACCUGCACUCAAUUAAGAAACUUAUUAUCCCAGCAUCUGGGAAGUCCUUUGACCAAUCCUCUUGGCUUUAUGGGUAUCGAUGGAGACCUGAGUACCUUGAUGGAGAAUGGCACCCUCUCCAGGGAAGGAGGCCUCCGAGCUCAGAUGGAUCAAGUAAAAACCCAGUGUGCAGACCUCCACCAUAACCAUUGUGAGAUUGUGAGCAGCCUUAGGGCCAUAAAUAUCUCUGGGGAUGUGGGCAUCUCUGGAGGGACAGGCAUCUCUGAGGCCAUGGGCAUCUCUGGAGACAUGAGCACCUUUGAGACUAUGGGCUUCUCCGAAGACUUAGGAAUCUGUGGGGCCAUGGAUAUCUCUGAGGCCACUGACAUAUCUGGAAACAUGGGUAUUUCUGAGGCCAGGGGUUUCUCUGGGGACAUGGGCAUCUUGGGGGACACAGGCAUCUCCAAGGCCAGCACCAAGGAGGCAGACUACUCCAAGCAUCAGUGAGUUAGUUACUCAUCUUCCAUGCUAGGUAUACCUACAGCAGCUACAAUGAUUCUUGUCCCAGAGAGGGCUAUGCUGCUUUUCCAAUUGGUUUAAGUGAGUGAAGCCAAGGCAUCCCUCUCCCCACUUAAGUCUGGAAGGGAAUUACUUUACUGAUUAAGUGACCAAUAUGUUCAUAUUAAGCAGUACAGAGUGUAGGCAAGAGAAAGAAUAUGUUAUUGUUCUAAAAUGGGAUUUAACUAUAGAAAUGUUGCCUCUCAGGUGAGACACAUAUUAAGCUGGUUCUACUGUCUGUUUUCCUUAAUGAUCGACCGCCCCUAUUUUCUAUCCUAACUGCUGUAAUGUGAGAGUGAAGUGGAAAUAUUGUCACAGUGGUCAAUAAUGACCCUUUUGAGGGUAUGGAGAGAUGGUAUACAGCAGGUAACUGAAUUGCAGAAUAUAUUAAAAGAAAAUCUUACUUUCAGGUAUGCUUAGUCAUGGAAUAUUAGCUAACAUUGCCAAUGGAGACAUAUAAUGUUUUCCUGAAAAGGAAAUCAAAAUGAUGCUUAAUUGUUAGCAUGAGUGCAUGAGUGCUUGGUGGUUUGAAAUAUAUAAGGAAAGUUUUCUUAAGUUACAACACAUGCUUUCCCCAACCCACACCCCAGCUAGGUCUUGUUAUAAUACUUAGCCAAUUCCCUUUUUCAUAGAUAGUCCAUAGGUAAACUUGAAUCCACUACAGUCUAAAAUUAUAAAUUUCAAAUUAAUGGGGUUUGAAUUAGUAACAUUAAUUGCAUCAGUUCAGGAAGUAACUGAAAAUCUCAGUGCUUCAGACUCAGACUGAGACAUGGUCUGUGUGCCCAUCUGGUUUUGUGGAAAAUAGGACCUUUUUUAGGUCUUUUUAUGAAGACAAAUGGUUUUGCUUAUCUAGAUAUCUCAUGAGAUUUGUGGAUUUUUUAGACACAAUUGGCACUACUUUUAAAUCUGGUAGGUUUAUCACCUUGUGCUAAUGUACAGUUUUGAAAAAAGUCCAUUCUGAUAGCAGAUCCAGAUACUCCUGGGGAAAGGGAUGUAUUUUUAUUUAAACACCAGCUUUUCUCCUAGGGGUUGAUAUACUUGAUGGGUUUUUCAUCUGUCCUAUUGGAUAUUCAGUCAUGAUUUUGCUACUUCCACAUACUGAGAGUAGGAUAGGCCUCAGUCAGUUUGGGUCAUGCUCUGUAUAUUCUCAGCAAUUCCAGAACUCUUAAUACCAACAGAAUCCAGGUCCUCACCCAAAAUGUCUGUUCCAAAUACUCUAUAUUUGGCUUAAGCUAAAAAAUUAGAUGACUUAAAGAGGCAUCCCUUGAUUAUCACAUCCAGUUGUGCACGUAGAAAUAUCUAAAGGAUUACCUCAUUAGGUGCUUUUCUUUGAGAGAAAGAGGAACCUUUUAAGGGUUUAAUUUAAAUGUAGGAGAGGAGUGCCAGGAUAGCUCCUUGAUUUCUUAUCCCUAGCUAAACUGUAGACCCAAAAUAUCCUCUUUAGUGGAAGAACUCUAAAUCAUCUUGGUUGUCUUUUUUUAUAUGUAAACAGGAGUCAUUUUUCUAUUUACUUCCUCUUGGUAAAUUUUUAAUUUUUUGUUUUUAAAGAACUCUUAAUUUAUUUGGGUCUUCCCCAUUAAUAAAUAAAGGCCAUAUUUUACUUACAUGUUCUUGAUAGCUACCUUGAUCCUAUAAUUUUAAAGCAUCAAGAUAAUUUCCUUUUUUUAUCUCGCUGGUCCUCCUCUUUCCAUGAUUUAGUCCUUGCUUUAUAUAACCUAAAUCAUCAGAUGUUGCCAGUUGUCAUUUGACUUCUUUUGGAAAAAAAAAAUGGGGUUUGUGCACACCAUUUUGAUCUGGAGGCUGCAUCUACUCCUGGCUUUGUGAAGGAAGUUGCCAAAAAGGAUGACAGUACCAAUCUGCCACCAGUGAGCCAUUCUGGAUCUUGCUCCCAGAUCUUUCUCCCAUAUCUCAAUCUGCAUUUUGCAGUUUAUUAAUUAGCAUGAUGUUCUGGAUAGAGUGUGUUGAGUUUUCAGAGAAAGUAAAAAGGUAAAUGACAAGAUGUAGUAGUUUUUGCAAAUUCUAUAGAAGACUGAAGAGUCUUGAUUUAUUCCUAAAGAUCUGUACAGGUACAGUACAUAGUACCUAAUCUUAUUUCUUAGAUCAAAAACAAAAUUAAUCAAUAGUGAAAGGAAGGUCUUUUCAAUAUAAUUCUAUACUAGAAGUAGUAAACCACAACUCUGGUAUUUCCAAAGGUGAAAACAGCAUUUUUAAAAGACUGGAUUAUUUUGUUAAUUAUCUAAGGCCAUGGGAUUGAUCUCAGUCUCAAAAUCUGUGAGGCCAGUUUGUUUGGUCUUUGAUAUUUUUAUUCCCUAACUUGCCACAUUAUUACUUACAUAUAAAAUAUACAGAACUUAAAAAAAAAGACUGCAUGAAAAUCACCUAUUUAUUCUCAACACAAAACACCUUUUGGUUUUACAGUUGGAUUUAAAAAUCUGAGAAGAGCCUGGCCGCAAAGGAAGAAAGAGAAACAGGAGAACCUAGGCCAAGCGUGGUAGCUCACGCCUGUAAUCCCAGCAUUUUGGGAGU